AUGUGGCUGCCACUUCAUCUACUGUCCCAGGUUCUUCCGCUACCGUUGCCCCUGGCGGUGGCUCCUCCAGCUUCACCAACGGUACUUAUCCCGUCUCCAAUAUCACUAGUACUCUUCCAUACUUUCGUAACCUCCAGCACUCAAGUCAGCUACCCUGGAAAUGUCAGUAGUAGUCUAGCUAGCGGUUCCAAUCAGAGCGGUAACAUUACUUCCGGCAUCAAGACCGCAUCUCAAACCUCCUCCAAUAGCGGAAGCAGCAGUUUCUCCGCUCAACCUUCGGCAGCCUCCACAGGAUCCAAGGCCUCUAUCUUCUUGACUGCCCUUUCAGUCGUUGCAGUUUUCUUCUUCCUCUCUUGA